UUUGAAAUAACUCGUCAUAAAGAUAAAUAAUACCGGAAAUACAUUGGAACCUUAAUUUAUGAUCAGCGCUUGAUUUAAUAUAAGCGCAACUGUAUGAUUUCAAUGGGUUACCAUUCGAUUUGGUCGAGGAGUUAUCUCCAGUAAAACCAAAUGUAAUGAAAGCGUUGAUUUAUACCUUGCUUGCGUACAUUUUGUUGGACGCAAAUGUCCUGGCAGUUUUGCUGGUUAAAGACCUCUCAUCAGGAAUUGUUGACGAGUUUGAGGAUUCGGAAGCACUUUUUGGUGGAGCAGUUUCUCAGGAGUCCUUAAUACUGGGACGAAUUUAUGCAUCCAAACCACUAAAAGGCUGUGUGGACCAAAUUCCCAAACCUAAAGAUGAUCACAAUUCAACUCUUCCUUACAUCUCACUCAUCAAACGUGGAGACUGCUCUUUUGUAGAUAAGGCUUUAGCAGCCGAAAGAGGUGGAUAUAUUGCAACUGUUAUUUUCAAUGAUGUGGACGACAGUACUUUCCCAAUGGGCUACAAUUCGUCCACAAAUGUCAGUAUUCCUGUCGUAAUGGUUGGUUUGUCUGACGGCAAGCUCCUACUAAAUAAGUACUGCGUGCCACAUUAUUUUGUUGAAAUACUACCUGCUCAUCGCCGAAGUAUCGUGUUGUAUCUUAUUCCACUCAUAACAUGUCUGCUGAUAUCUGUAGUCGCAUUGAGUGUGGCAUAUGGGAUUCGGCUUUUGAAUCGAUACCGGAGAAGAUAUCGUUAUUGCUUACCAGUAAAAGAGUUACGUAAAAUACCUGAAACUUUAUUUGUUAAAGACUCCAGUGAAUUUGAAACUUGUGCAAUUUGUUUAGAAGAUUAUAAAGAUGGUGAUAAAUUGAGAGUAUUACCAUGUGGGCAUGCUUACCACAGUAAAUGUGUAGAUCCGUGGCUUUUAAAACGUCGUGGUUUUUGUCCUAUAUGUAAGAAGAAAGUUCACAAUCGUCCUAGAGUCUACAUUUCAACUUCUACAAGAUAUAGACGCGCUUCUGCAUAUGCCACUACAUCUGAAGCUCCACUUUUGGAUGAUUCGUCUUUCGAAGAAGAUUCUGAUUCAGAAGAUACUACUUCAUCACCUCAGUUAAGUUUCUACAGUGGGAACGUCCAUUCAGAUGAACAUACUCCGCUUAUUAAUGCUUCUGUUGAACAAUCAAGUGCUUCAUCACUUAGGCGAAUGAAGAUGACUACCUCAAUUCGUGAAACCCUGGGAAGCUUUCUGACAAAUGUAUCAAGUUCUUAUUCCAGAGGUCAUAAUUCAUCCGACUAUGAACAGGGAACUAAUAAUGUUAAUACAGCCGUGGAAUUACAACCUGAAUGUUCUCAGAUUGUCGCUGAAUCCCUCGUAAAAGGUAAACAGUGUAGUGAAAGUGACACUGAUUCUGGACCAAAUAAUGAGAUCAAUGAUAGUCGGUCACCUUCAGUAAUGAUUACUCAUGUUGAAGUGCAUACGGAUUGUGAUUUAUCAUGUAUGCACAAAUCUCAUGCUUAAGCAGUAUAUAUAUAUAUCCUGUUUUCAUUUGUUCUUCUAAACCAUUUUAUUUUUGCACAAUAAGUUUCAAAUACUGGGUUAUUUUUUCUCUCACUUAUUUUUAUUAUCCUUUUUUUCCUACUGAAAAUAAUAAAAAAAUUAAACCGUUAUCAGUUGAUUUAAUUCUCUUAUAUACGUUUGCAUAAUUAAUGAGUGGUGUGUAUAUUUUUAUCUCCUUUGUCGAUGGACUACUUGGUUAGUUUAAAUGGUUGAUUAAUCAAUUGAACAUUCAGACAAUUGUUGUUUCAUAUAUAUAUAUAUAUAUAUAUAU